UCCACGGAGCAAUUAGAGCAACGUAAAAUACCGGCAUCCUCCGCGGAUCCUUUACACUACUUAUUUUUCCCUCCAAAUUUUUCUCUUUUUUUUCAAUUUUAUUACUUUUCAAUAUCAACCGGUCUGCUACUCAUCAAUCGUUGUGAUAUCCAUAUUCGAUUAAAAGUAUGGCUUGAAUGAAAAUUUUCUACCGACGCAUCGCACCUUGUUAUCGAGAAAAUAAUACACAAGAAAAUAAAUGUGUGGUCGAUGAUUCGUCGUUGGGACUAAAAAUAAAUAUUCUCAUCUUCCGGAAGAGGUGGUGUUGAAUGUGAAAAUUUUCUAAAUUUGUCACAACGUUUGGAUAGGUGUACCCACUAAUACGGUAUUACGUAGGUAUGUAAAGUGGUGGUACGAUGCAGCGGCAUCAACUGGGGUAUUCUUGACAGCUAAGCAGCAAGUCGAACCAGUUUCAAAUCUAGUUCUAUUCCGGUGUAACUGGUAAGUUACUGCUCUCCAUAUAGUGUAACGGGAGAUUACGGUAUUGAGGAAAGAGAAAAAGAAAGAAAAAAUGAAAAAGUAAUGUAAAUGAAUACCGUUUUACUAAAUAAAGUGGGUUUGGAUAUUAUGACCUCUGCACCGGAAGUACCAAGUAGCCGGGGAUAAAUUGUUGAAGUUUCGCUUUUUCGAUACCCAGAUGACACGGCGAUCAUAAUCGCUGACGUAUGAAACGAAGAAGAAGCGGAAGUAUAACGCGUAGGGGUGGUUUCUCGGGGGGGGAGGGCGGCAUCCCCAGCUGCACCGCACGACAGACGCUCUUCCCCGAACAGUUUCAUUCAAGGCUUGUGUGGAACCCCCCUACGCGUUCGGAGCGCUGAUAAUCUCGGUAGUAAUCAAUAUCGUCGCCUUGGCAACGCUCUUCGACACUAGCGAGAACGGGGGUUGCGAGUUAGCAGCGUUUCGGAGUCGGUUUCCGACGGUGUCCCAGUUCCAGUCCCGGUCCCGGUCCCCGCGGCACUUCUCCUUCGAUCGGCGAAUUUUGAAAGGAGAAUAAAAAAAAUCGAAAAAAUUUGUAAAAGAAUUAAAAAAAAAAAAACAACUAGUUUGCGGGUCGAACAGCAGCUGCAGUGUCGGUGCGAGGGACCGGUCGCUGGUGAACCGUAAAUUUCGAGUCAGUGACGGGGGUGGCUCGUCAACAUCGUCGUAAAAGUUGUCAUUUUAACGGAAGACGUCAACGACGUUGUCGCACAGAUACGCGAACUCCUCGGCGAAGGAGUACCACGCGCGAUGCAGCGAGAACAACUGUAUUUCCCGUCCAGGUGACACGCUGUCGUCCUGUCGUUAUUCGAGCAACACCGCAGCAAACAAACUGCCGCGCGUGAAUCGAAAAUUUGUGGACGAUAAACGCGAUGAGUACCGUAAACGGCGGUGACAGUUCGAUUAAAAAUCAGACGGUUGGUUUAUCGAGAUACCAACCGACCGGUCAACGCUUCAAUCGGGUCACCGUUUCCGCGGGGAAUAACAAAAAAGCUCAUCCCCCUACGACUUCGGCUGCAACUUUGGCACAACUCGCAACGACCAACGGUUCACUGAACGAUCAACUCCUAGCUGCAGGUUCCCAAAAACAAGAUCCUCAGGAUGUUCGCGGUACGACCGACGACCCGGAACCAUCCAAGGGGUUGGAUGAACGAAGUGAAGAAAAACUUCAACGAAUUUGCGGAGAAAAUAUCGCCGAUGAUAAAAAUGACAUCGUUAAACAACGGUCGACGUCUUCGUCUUCUUCUUCUUCUUCAUCGGACCAGAAGGAAGAAUACAAGGAAGCAAUUCUUUUACGAUGGAGCGACAUGCCUCGGCAUUUACAAUUCAACCCUUACAUCUACACGGGGUACAGACCCGUGAUGACGAUAUGGGGGUGCAUCGCCAGUCUCUUUUACGUGCACAAUGAGACCAUCAACAUAAUGACGCAUGGCUUACCCGUGGUUUAUAUCCUGGUUACCGUCCCCAGCCUGUUGCCCUGGGGAAGCCAAGGUCCCCUAGCUGCCUUCUUAUCUUGGUGUCAUCUGAUCGGAGCGGUGAGCCCGUGGAUAGGAUCUUUCGUUUAUCAUCUCUUCAUGAAUCUGGACAGAGGCGAAGCCAUUUACAAGAAGCUUUUGCAAUUGGACAUGCUCGGUAUCUGGAUCAGUCAAAGUUUCGGUGCUCUGCCUAUGAUCGCAGCUUCUGUACACUGUUUACCAGAAACACUUUGGCACUGCUGUCUUCUGACGUACAGCGUCCUCAGCUUCUGGGGUCUGUUGAAGGCCAUGAACGCUUGGUCUCCAUGGGAAAGACGACUGUGUUUCGCACCUCCGUUUAUGAUGAGAAUGCUCGUAUUGACGCUGAGAUACCUAGGGAUUAGCGGAGGAUCUCCUACCGCGUUAACGCACCUAGUCCUGCAAGAUUUUGUUGCUGCAGCUGGGGGAGCGGUGGGGGCGUUACAUAUUCCGGAAAAAUGGAUACCCGGUAAAGUGGAUCUGUUUUUAAAUUCCCAUAACAUAAUGCACAUGAUGGUUGUUAUGGCGGUGUACUCUAUGCACGCCGCUACCCUGAGAGACUUGGCAUGGAUGUCAAAUCCGUCGGUAUGUUUUGCCGAACCACCGACGACAUUUUCUUCGAACCACGAAGAACUGUGAUCCUUGAUUCGAUUUAUAUUCACCUGAGCACAGGUGGUUAUACGUCUGAAGCAGAUAGUACCGUAUAUGAAUAAUAAAAAUUUUUAUGGCGAAGGCUUCCAUCGUAGUUGAACGACCGUCAGGCGAACAAAAACCUGAAUAUUAUGUCAGCCUAUAGAAAAUUUUUUUCUCCGAUUGCAGUCCUUGUGAUAUGAUACAAGAGUUGUGCGACGCAGUCGGAGAAUAUAAAUUACCUUUUGCUAUGCACGAGUUUGUAUAUAUACAAUACUAUAUAAUAUACGUAUAUACCUACCGCUGUAUGAGGUAGUUAUGGAAAUUUCAGUCUACCGAUAUUCUAUUCUAAACUCAAAAAUUUUACAAUACAUAUUUCGCCAUAUUUGCAUACGAUAUUUAUUUGAUUACUUUUAUUCACUCUGUUUUAUGAAUCCAUAAAUAUCUGCAGGCAAUGAACAUUUACAGUACGUCAAAGGAUGAGUGAGCCAAAUGUUGCUUUUCUGUGAUUUUAUUCUUUAAUUUUUUAUACGUGAUCCAAAUUUUCUAUCGAAACAUGUGGAGUGGAUUUUUUAUUGAACUUGAAGAAACUUUCCGAUUUAUUACCGCGUGUUCACUCCCAGUACAAAUUUAUUGAAUCGGGUAAAUUGGUGAAGUGAAUUACCUGCAGAUCCACGUAUUUUUAUUUUUCUUUUGGAUUUUUGGAGACCAAUUUUGUGAAGAAAUGAACCUCAGCUGCACAUAACGUCAUAAUUCGGCUCGAUUGAUUACUUUGAAAACUUACCUAAUCAUUGGCUAGUAAAAAUAUGUAAUCAUUCUAAGGGUUUGCAAGACUAUUUAUGAAGUGAAGUUGCAAACUUAUUGUUAAUAUAGCACACUUUUGUAUUAUAAGUUUUAGUACUGAUUAUAAGUCGAGUGUAGAUAUUAAAAAAAAAUAUAUAAUUAUACAUAUAAAGGAAGAUGGGAAGCCAUUAGUGCUUCUUGAAGUUGCAGGCGAUUUUAGGAGGCACUCCUGAACCCCAAACAUAAUUCAUAUCUUAGGAAAAAUUUUCAUUACAUUAUGAGACGCGUGGUUGAUAAAUAUACACGUGUCUCAGCUCUAGUCUUCAUAUUUACGAUAAGAAUCAUAAUAAAAUAAUCAAUUAUUUGACUGCUAUACAUUUAUUCGUGAAAUGAACUUAUGAAAUUUAUAAGCAUUGAAAUAUCUGCUUUCAUUCGACGAACCUUGAUCAUUACACGACACGUAGCUCUACUUACGUGACAUUAGAUAGGUGCAUAUUUUGAACUAUAGGUAUAUGAGUAUCGAUAUAUCCUGUUGGAUAUCCUAGAGUUUCCCAAGAACUUUUGAAUUCUUGAUUCUUCGUAGCACAGGGAAUCAGCUCGCGAGGAUUGACGAAUACUUCGACAAAAAAGAAACGUUGAUUCGAAUUAGUUUGGCAGAGUUGACAAAAAAAUUAUUCAUGAAAGUGCAGCUCCAUAAACAUUCCAAACAAUAUUUAACCAAUCUAUUUCGAGUGCAAUAGUUGCGAUAUUAUAACUUUUACAGAUGUAUGUGAAGAAAUGAAAGGAAAACGAAAAUUUAUAGUUAGUCAAAGGAGACUAACAAGUAGAUACAAAAAUUAUAAGGCGAGUAAUGAUAAGCUUGAGGAUUCUUGCGAUUCGAAGAUAUUAAUUUUCAUUUCGGCAAUUUUCACUAAAUAUUAUUACAUCUAUACUUAGCUAUAGAUAUUAUAGUGCGCUCUUGUGAUAUAAUUGUGACGUUUACGUUACGAUAUUAAAAAAUUGUAGCAAGAUAUGAUAGAAUUAUGAAAUUUCGAUCGAAUAUAUUAUAUUAUAUGAUAUAUACCAAUUAGUUGGACCAUAUUAGUUUAUUUACGAAAAAAUUUGUCGCUCGUGAUUUUAAAAAAUUUCCCCGCUUUUAUAGAUAUAUUAGAAAAUUCCGAUAGUGAUUUUACAAUCAAUACCGCAAACAAUAAAAAACGUAAUAAUAUCGAUAACAAUAAUAGUAAUAGUAGAUAAUAAUAAUAGUAAUAAUAAUAAUGAAUUAGCGACGAAUACAGAUGUGCAAAUAAGGCUGACGAUACGUUAUACCAUCUUUUGGUAAUUAUUAAACGUUACACCAAUACACUUCAGCUGAUCGUACUGAAAUAGUGAAAUUCUUUUAGGUCCCCGCUUGAGUAGUGAAAAAAAAAUAAAAAUUUUUUUAGGAACUUAUACUUAAAAUUAAUAUCGUAUUGGCCUUGCUAAAUGGAACGCUAAUACUUUACGAGAUUCAAUAAAUGAAGAAUAGAAAUGGUAAUAUUGAUGAUAAUAGUAUAUCAUUAUUAAUAAAUAUAUUUAGCUGCUGUAGUAUUUGAGGUAGCAUUAUUUAUCCGCCAGACUAUUUGAAACGUAAUAACAAGACGAGUUGACAUUAAAAAAACUUUUGAAAGAAUAGUAGUUAAUCUAUAAAAUUACAAUUGACGUAGAUGAUAAGACAUUAGCGUGCAGAUGCGACAGAUCUUUUCACAAACCAAUCGGUACUACCUAUACUAGUCUUCACAAAUAGCAAUUAUUAUUAUUAUCAUCAUAUUUAUAUCUAUACAAUUGUAAGCAAUAUAUAAGUAUAUUUCACGGUGAACUUUUCAUGCGAAAUCUUGCACGCGAAAAAUCAUCUACAGUCGAUGAAGGCAUGAAAAUGAAUGAAAAUUCAUUAUUGAAUCUGUUUUAGACGCAGAGAUACACACAAGAUUAUGAUAGUAUUUGAAUGAGUUUGUGACUAACAAUAAGCCAGGCCUACAUCGAUAUAAGUAUUAUUCUCGAGAUAUGGUUGUCGGUAAAUUUAUGAAUAUGAAAUCUUAUGAUUUUGAACUCGGACUUUUAAGACACGAAAAUUGUCUAUGAUACUUACAAUUAGUAUAAACAUUUUUUUAAUGAUGCUGAAUCCCAAAAAAUAUUAUACGUAAAAAUUGUGGUGAUAAAACAAUUCGAAUAUAA